AUGGCUUUCCUCUCUGUUCCCUAUGCGAUCCUCCCCUACCUCCAAGAAACAGAUCACAAUGACGUUGAUCAUGAUGUUGAAGACAACAUAACCCCAGCUCAUCGUUCCAUCUUCAUUGUGCAGGAAAACAUGCUAUUCGAGUGGAAGAACAUGUUCAAGGGCUAUGAAGGUGCCUGGUGUGUUGGUUCUUCCCGUGGUUGGCUUAUGAUUUUAGACACAGAAGGGUGUCCUUUUCUACUAAACCCACCUUCCUCCACUUGCAUUCGGUUGCCAACAUUUUCUCAUGCAUUCAUGCACCGUGCCGGAGUCACAUACUCUUAUUUUGUGCAACACUUGCUGGAUUCCUUUGUGUCCAAAGCAGUGCUCAUGCGUUCUCCAUCUUCUUCACAAUACACACUUGCCAUACUGUUUAGCUACCCAUGCAGACUUGCCUUUUGCACUAACUCUUCAACAUGGGUUGAACCCAGCGGUGCUAAGAGCUUUUAUUGCGACAUUGUGUUCCGCGACAACAUCCUCUAUGCUCUUGCGGAAGAUGGGUCUCUUGAAAAAUGGGAUUUUCAUAAAGAAGUUCCAAGAAAGAUCCUAGAUUUUAAACUAACUAUGGAGUGGGACGAGGAAGAAGAGAGAGAGUUCCCGAGAGACAAGUUUUCGUCAAAGAUAUAUUUGGUGAUGUCAGAGGGAGAGUUAUUGUUGGUGAAAAGACUUGUCGGAGAUUUUGUCAAUGCGGACGGUGAAGUGGUAUAUGAAGGAUAUAAACCACGUGGUUAUGAUGGUGAUGUAAUUUGUCCUUACAGAACGAAACAUUUUAUGGUGUAUAAGCUUGACUAUAUGAAGAACAAGUGGGUAAAGAAGAGUACUUUGCAUGACCGAGUUCUUUUUCUUGGUGCCAAUGAGUCGGCUUCGGUGUCUGCCAAAGAGUUUAAAAGAUGUGAAGCGAAUUCGAUUUACUUCACGGACGAUAGAAGUGAAGAGAUGAAUUUGGACUAUUCAUAUGGUGGGAUUGAUUGGGGUGUUUUCAACCUUGAAGAUAGAUGUGUCAAACUCCUCACUCCAUUUGCAAAUAAGAUGAAUCCACCACCUGUUUGGGUGGUUCCAACUUCAGAUGACUUUUAA